AAUCACGAAUACACUCCAAAAUUCUUUGCAAGAAGAAUCUGUGUUCGACUUAACUACUCUUCUGAUGAUCUAACUUUAUUAGUAGUGAAUGGUAGCUAAGCAAAAUCUUCAAGCUUUCUCCAAUUUCAGACUCACAGUAUAGAGUUUUUCAGCAUCAUAUAAGUAUCAACUGAUAAUCUCAUCUCUUCUCUAACAAGCAAUCAUGGGUUCAGCAGAGGCAGAGUACCAGCCCUUGCUACCCACACUUGAUUCACAUUCAAGAAUUCCAGACUUGUCAUCUCAGGCAAUUGAGGAGUUCUUGGAACAAACCACAGUGCCUCUGAGAUGGUGGCCUCGCCUUGUUGCAUGGGAGUCAAGGCUCUUAUGGUUAUUAUCUUGGGCAUCUAUUGUUGUCUCCAUAUUCAAUUUCAUGCUUAGCUUUGUCACCCAAAUGUUCGCUGGACAUUUGGGUGCUGUAGAGCUUGCUGGUGCUUCCAUUGCCAAUGUUGGAAUCCAAGGUCUUGCUUAUGGGAUUAUGCUGGGUAUGGCUAGUGCUGUGCAGACAGUGUGUGGCCAAGCCUAUGGAGCCAAGCAAUAUUCAGCAAUGGGGAUCAUAUGCCAGAGAGCUAUUGUGCUGCACUUGGGAGCAGCUGUUCUGCUCACAUUCCUCUACUGGUUCUCAGGCCCAGUGCUUAUAGCUAUGGGGCAAUCGGAGGACAUAGCUGAGCAAGGAGAAAUUUUCGCCCGCGGUUUGAUCCCUCAGCUAUAUGCAUUUGCCAUGAGCUGCCCUAUGCAGAGGUUUCUUCAAGCUCAGAACGUUGUGAACCCUCUAGCAUACAUGUCUGUUGGGGUCUUCUUUGUUCACAUUCUUCUCUCCUGGCUUGUUAUUUAUAAAUUGGAGUAUGGACUUCUGGGAGCAGCCUUAACACUAAGUUUCUCUUGGUGGCUUCUUGUCAUCUUGAACGGACUUUACAUUGUUCUGAGUCCUAAAUGCAAGGAAACUUGGACUGGCUUGUCUAUUAAUGCUUUCAGAGGAAUUUGGCCUUAUUUCAAGCUUACAGCUGCCUCUGCUGUCAUGCUCUGUUUGGAGAUAUGGUACAGCCAAGGAAUGGUACUCAUAUCAGGCCUUCUAUCAAACCCAACAAUCGCAUUAGACUCCAUUUCCAUUUGCAUGAAUUAUUUGAACUGGGAUAUGCAAUUUAUGCUGGGCCUAGCAGCAGCCAUCAGUGUUCGAGUAAGCAAUGAGCUAGGGGCUGGCCAUCCAAAGGUUGCAAAAUUUUCAGUAUUUGUAGUGAAUGGGACUAGCGUAUGCAUUAGUAUAAUAUUUAGCGUCAUUGUCCUGAGUUUUCGAGUUGCAUUGAGCAAACUCUUUACAAGUGACUCAGAGGUCAUAGAAGCAGUUUCCAAUUUGACUCCUCUGCUUGCCAUCUCUGUUUUUCUCAACGGUGUUCAACCCAUACUCUCAGGUGUGGCAAUUGGCAGUGGAUGGCAAGCUGUGGUGGCUUAUGUUAACCUAGUCACAUACUACAUUAUAGGUCUCCCCAUUGGAUGUGUACUUGGUUUCAAAACCAGUUUAGGAGUAGCAGGCAUUUGGUGGGGAAUUAUUAUUGGAGUUGUCUUCCAGACAAUAACUUUAAUUAUUCUGACUUCAAGAACAAAUUGGGAGGCUGAGGUUCAGAAAACUGUUGAACGUCUGAAUGAGUCUGCAAGACAGGCCUUGGAAUCAGGGGCCAAUCCUUAAUUUUCACACAGUAGGUUUCUUCUUCUCUUAUGGAUACAAGUUGCUCUUUAUGUGUAGUGAAGAUGAGAAUGAAAAAAUCAAAUCAUUCUUCUUCAUCAGCCAAGAGUUGUUGGGUUACCACUGUCUGAGGAUACAUCUGACCGUUGAUAUUUGAAAUUCAAGUCAUGUAAGUUGAGUGAAGAGAGUUUUAUAAAUUGAGAAAGAGUUUUCCCUUUUAUGCAGUUCAAAAUUGAAUGGAUUUCGUGAUUUAUAAUUGAAAUAGUUGGAACACUUUUAUUUUUAA